CUAAGAGAUGGGAGAGGCAAUCAUGGAAGCUUUAGCCGAGCUGAUCGUAAAGGACUUGUCAAAGCAAGUGAACAUACAUGCUCAGUAUGCAAUACAAUUUGAAAGUGAGUUUGAGGUGAUGAAGAGAGAGCUGAAUCUCAUGCGUUCAUAUCUCACUGAAGCAAACAGGCUGAAAGGAAACAAUAACUCUGUCAAGACUACCUUAUCUGAACUUCAAGAACUAAUUUAUGAAGCAGAUAAUGUGGUCACGGAUUGCCAAAUCCGCGAAGACUAUCAAAUGAUGAAAGGGAAUCCAUCUUGCUUGCUUCCGUCUCCGAGGGAGAUAUCUUUCAGAUAUAUCACUGGAAAGAAACUAACAGGACUUAACAAGAAGAUAUUGAAAAUGCAUCAGAAGCUGAGGACCUUUGUUGGUCCAAUAACUGAACAAUCACGAGGUGACGAAAACAUCAGUAGAAGGAUAAGAUGGACCUCACACAUUUUUGAUCAAUCUGAAAUUGUGGGGUUAUCAGAAGAUACAAGAAAAAUCAAAGAAUGGAUCCUUUCUCAUAGCGAGUCAUUACAUCGCGUUGGCAUUGUAGGUAUGGGCGGUUUGGGUAAAACCACAAUCGCGCAAAAGGUGUACCAUGACAGACAAGUGAAUGUGAGAUUUCAAAAGAAAGUUUGGGUUUCUGUAUCUCAAACAUAUGAUGAGCUUCUCGUCAUGAAGGGUAUUUUGAAACAGUUGAAUGGAGAUGAUAGUGGAACUGACAAAGGAGAUUUGCUUAAUAGAAUUCUUGAAGCACUUUCACAUAAGUCAUACUUGAUUGUCUUGGAUGAUGUAUGGAGCAUUGAUGAUGGAUGGUGGGAUAGAAUAUCAAGGGGAUUACCAAAGUUUGUAGAGCACAAUUGUUGUAUUAUAAUUACAUCAAGAAAUGAUGAUGUUGUUAAGAGGAUGGGAGCAACAGAAUCAAGAAUUCAUCGACCAAGAUUGCUCGAUGAUGAAGAGAGUUGGUCAUUGUUCUGUAAAUUUGCAUUUUUGUCAACUAAAGGGAAGUGCAAUACUCAAUUGGAAGAAGUUGGAAGAGAGAUCGUGCGCAAAUGUCAUGGUCUUCCUCUAGCCAUCAAGACCACAGGUGGGAUGUUAUCAUCAAAACCACAUUCACUCGGGGAGUGGACAAGGAUAUGUGAAAACUUUCGAGAGAAAUUGGUAUCGGAUAGUGAAAGCAAUAUCUCUGUAAUGGCUUCUUUGCAACUAAGCUAUGAUGAGCUUCCUGCUCAUCUAAAACAGUGUAUGUUAUGCUUCUCAAUCUAUCCAGAUGACCAUGAAAUUGAGGCGGAACAAUUGGUUCGUUGGUGGGUAGGGGAAGGAUUAGUCCGUGGUGAUGGCACAGAAACUGCAACAGAUGUAGCUUUUGGUUAUUUGUCUGAACUCGUAAGUCGGUGCUUGGUUGAAGCUGUCCAAAGAAGAAGCUUUGAUGGCAAAGUUUAUAGUUGCAAGGUGCAUGAUAUGGUUAGAGACAUGACAAUUCUCGUUGCAGAAGACGAGAAAUUUUGCAGCUUCAAUCGAGGCAGGAACAUAGCCACAGUUAACUCUAGGCACUUGGGGGUCACAAGGGAAACAACUUUUCAAUCCUUAUAUGGGAACUCAAAGCUAAGAGCACUUCUUCUCACUACAACAAAUUACAUCGGCUUCAACAGGAGAAUCGCUCUGGCUGAAAUCAAGACUCUCAGGGUCUUGGACUUGUCAUGUGUCAAGCUAGAUAAAAUCUGUAUGAUUGAUCUAUGGCAAUGGAUCACAUCACUAAAGCGACUAGCUUAUUUAAAUCUGAGAAAUGUUGCAAAUUUGGACGAGAUUCCAGACUCCGUAAGGAAGUUAUGGGGCCUUCAAAUACUAGUCCUUAGAGAAUGCAAGGAACUGAAAAUGCUACCAACAUCAAUCACAACACUUCCAAGAUUGACAAUUCUUGAUGUUGGAAGCUGUCCAUCCUUGUCAUGCUUACCACAAGGUCUCUCUAGGCAUUCCAAUCUUGAAGAGCUGUACGGGUUCAAGAUACCGAGUCCAGCAACAACAGAAGCUUGUCGCCUGAGUGAAGUCGUUGCACUGACUCAACUUCGGGUACUGCACUUAGACAUAACGGAGGAAAGCAUGAUAGAUGACAAGGAAUUGGCUGCAUUGAAACAACUUGAACUACUAAGGGUGUUAUCGAUCAAUGCAGGGGACUGUGAAAACAAGGACAUCAUAAGGAAGCUGGAUAACUUGUCACCACCAACUCGCGUUGAAGAGUUAUAUCUAAGGCACUACCUCGGAGAAACCACACCAGCAUGGAUAAACCCCAUUUCACUUCCCCAACUGCAGUACCUUUGCAUCGAAGAUUCAAGAGUGCUUAACCACAUGAGUGAAAUUUUUUGGGGAGAUAAUGAGGAUAACUGGAAUGUUGAAGGACUGUGCUUGAAAUUCUUGCCAAGGCUGGAGGAAACAUGGGAAACAUUCCAAAGUGCAAUGCCAUCCCUCAAAUACUUAGAAGUCGGCCACUGCAAUUCGCUGAAAAAUUUCAGAUGUAACGUUGAGGGUUUAGGAUAUUGGACAAAGCCAGAGGAAGAGGAGCAAAACAAGGGAGAUCAAGACGUGAUUUCGUGCCACGAAGGAGGUAAUGAAGGAGAAUUUGAUGACAUGCACUGAUGACUUGUUUGCUGUUCUG